AUGACGCGAACGAGCAGGGAGCUCUGCAAAUUUGCCUGUAGCAAGUGCAACAAUUUUAUUUACCUGAACGAAGCGUGCGACUUGGUAUUCAAAAAAGCAUACCCACAGUACGCCAAAAAAUAUUAUGACAUGAAUGAGUUAAGUAAAGGGAAGGAAAGCUGGACAGGACCUGGACUCCACCUUCUGGACAAUCUAUACAGGCAGAUAUAUAAUAAUGGAUUAUGUGGGGUUAACAAACAAAAGAAUGACUUUGCGAACAAGGAUGGACUCAAGAAAGUGUUGCAGUUUCUAAACAAGGGUAAUAUAAAGUGUACCAAAUGUAACGCGGCGAACAUGUGGCACCAAAAUGGGUUGCCGUGGAGCAAACGAAUGAAACGAAGCGAAACGAAGCGGAACGAAGCGGAACGAAACGAAACGAAACGGGACAAAAACAUCAAACAUG